AUGGUGGAUAUUGAAAGUUUGAUAAAAUCUCUCCGUCUUUCCUGGCUUAAACGAAUAUUUAGUGACAACUCAGGCGCGUGGAAAAACUACCUUGAAUACAUCUUGAAAGAUUCUGGAGGUCUAAUGCUUUUUAAAUGCAAUUAUAAUGUUAAGGAUCUUCAAAUUACCUCUACCUUUUAUUUAGAACUACUUAAAUGGUGGUCGGAACUCCGAGAAGAUAAUGCUCUUAAUAACGAUUGGCAUUAUGUAAUUUGGAAUAAUCGAGACUUUAGAAUAGACGACAAGCCCUUUUUCUACAAGAAAUAUUACGACAUUGGUAUCUGGGAAAUAGGAGACCUACAUUUUGAUCUCAGCAAUACUGAAUCCUACGAGCAGAUUGCAAAAAAAUGUUAA